AUGUCCAACCAACACCCACACCCACAUCAACACCACGGAGACCCGUCCCCCACAACCAUGUCUACAACCACGACUAAGAUCACAACCACGACACCGACAACGACACCGACACUCCUCCCAACGCCCAAACUCCCCCUUCCACAACUCGAAUCGUUGAAAUUUAAAGCGAACCAGAUUAUCGAGUCGAUUCAUGCGUUGCAGUGGACGAUCGGUGCGGGAGGGAGACAGGAUGGGAUGCCUGCGUGGCCGGAUAUAUUGUCGAAGUAUAAUGUUUUGUUGGGGCAGACGCAUAAUUUUUCGACGGGGUUGCUGCAGCCUUUUCCGACCUCUUCUUCUUCCUCUUCGUCAAGCGGUGCGAACAAGACGGCGGGGACAGGAAUGGGAGGGGGGACAGGACCGCAGAAUGUGUUUGAAAGGAUUGCGCUGCAUCCGAAUAGGGCGAUGACGGAUUUGCAGUUGGAUGGAGAUGUGAUUCCGCUGUUGAGGAAUCAGCAGACGACGGAUGUGUUGAGGAUGGAGAAUGAGACUGUGAGGAGGCUCGCGGAGCAUAUGCAGACGAGGGGGUCGUUGGGGGUUUUGGGGAUUUCGCCGCCUGCUGGGCCUGCAGCUGGACUUGGAUUGGGAAUGGGAUUGGGAGUGGGGAAGAAGCCGGAGUAUGAGGAUGUGUUGGAGGAGUGUGGUGUUAUUAAGAAUGCACAUGAUCGGAGGGUUGAGAGGGCGGUGAGGGCGGUGGAUAUGUUGAAGGAAAAGUUUGAUUGGAAGCAGAGGGUUAUGGUGGAGGUCGAGGAGCCGGAGGAGUUGGAGUGGGAUCCGCGGUUGGUGGGUGUUGCUGUGCCGGAGGAGGAGGAUGUGGGGAUGAGUGAGGAUGAAGAGGAGGAGGGGGAGGAGGCGGUGUUGAAUAGCGAGGAUGCGCCGCUUGGUGCGGGGAAUAGCGAUGAAGAUGACGAGUUUAAUGUUGAAGGCGCUCUGUUCAAUACGUCCCCCAGUGCAGAGUUUGGUGUUGCCUCGUCGUUCAGUAUGGACGCGACGUGA